UCUAUUUUUUGUUAUGUGGAGAAGGCAAGUUUCUGAGGAUGUUUUUGGGGCCCAUUAACGUUCGGGCGAACAGGAAGGACUUGAAAUUGAAAGUGAAAGAGGAGUACAACAAUAUCAGAGAUAGAACAGCAUAUUUGUUCCUCUUUUUCCCAUCACUGUUGCUGGUUUUAAGGUCAUGGAUUUGGGAUGGAUGUCUGCCUGCAUUGCCAGUUCAACUUUAUCAGGCGUGGUUGCUGUACCUCUACACUCGUUUGGCAUUGAGAGAAAACAUUCUGAGAGUUAAUGGAAGUCACAUAUGGCCAUGGUAAGUGAAUAUAAUUUAUAAUUUUUUUU